AUGUCCAGCAACGCCGUGUCGCAUUCAUCUCAAGAGUGGGAGAAGGACGCCAAGGAUAUCCGGGAUGCUGCUCCCGCGUUCCUGGAGUACACGAAGGCCUCGGAGGACGACUUGUUUGAACAAGGAUCUGUAGACCCUAUUUACGAGGCGAAAGCACGCUUGCUCAAUCAUGCAGUCCGAGAGAUCGGAAUGGGUAGAUAUCAGUGGUACCUUUUCGUCGUAGCUGGCUUCGGAUGGUUUUCAGAUAGCGUCUGGCCGCUGAUCGGCGGUCUCAUUUUGAGUCCAGUCGUGAGCGAGUUCCAAUUCCAAAGUGAAUUCCUGUCUCUGGCACUGAACAUCGGCUUGUUUGUCGGCGCGGUGUUCUGGGCUCUUGGAUGUGACAUUUGGGGAAGACGCUGGUCCUUUAACUUCACGCUCUUGAUCGCUGGAGUUUUCGGCCUCGCGGCUGGCGGCUCGCCCAACUUCUUGACUCUUGCAUCCCUCCUAGCUGUCGUGGGGUUCGGCGUGGGCGGGAACAUGCCCGUAGACUCUGCAGUCUUUCUUGACUUUGUCCCCGGAAGCCAUCAAUACUUGUUGACGAUCUUGUCCAUAUGGUGGUCUGUCGGGCAACUCAUCGCCAGCUUCAUCGCAUGGCCGCUCAUCUCCCACUUCUCUUGCGCUGAGACCGCGACGACGUGCUCGCGCUCCGAGAACAUGGGCUGGCGCUAUCUGCUCUUCACCCUCGGCGGCAUGACGCUGCUCCUCUGGGCAUGCCGCUUCUUCUUGUUCCGCCUCGAGGAGAGCCCGAGGUACCUCGUGGGCCGGGGGCGCGACGCGGAGGCCGUCGAGGUCAUCCACCGGAUCGCGGCGUUCAAUGGCUGCACAUCGAGCCUCACGCUGGAGCAAUUGACCGUCGCGGGCGAGAGCGCCGCAGCGUCUGACCCCAGCGGUGCAGCGGCCGCUCAACGUCGCAAGUUGUUGAGCGAGAGCUCGGUCUGGAGCAGUCAUCACAUCCGAGCUCUGUUCAAGACUACAAAGUUAGCCUGGUCGACCAGUCUGCUCAUCGUGUUGUGGGGCAUCAUCGGCCUUGCGUCCACCCUGUACAACAGCUUCCUGCCGUACUUACUAGCGCAUCGAGGUGCAAAGUUCGGCGACAGUAGCUACUACAUAACCUAUCGCAAUGAGGUCAUCUUGGGCGUCAUCGGCGUCCCGAGCGCGUUCUUCGCAGGAUGGGCGGUCGAGCAGCGACACAUCGGACGCAAAGGCGCCUUGGCCAUCUCCGCGGGGCUCACUGGUGUCUUUCUCUUCGCGAGUACCACCGCCCGCAGCUCUGAUGCUUUGCUCGGGUGGAACUGCGGGUACGCUUUUGCUAGUAAUAUAAUGUACGGCGUCCUGUACGCCAUCUCCCCUGAGGUCUUCCCUGCCAAAGACCGUGGAACAGGGAAUGGCCUCACCGCCACUGCUACCCGUGUCUUCGGCAUUAUAGCCCCGGUGAUUGCACUAUAUGCCAACCUCAAUACGGCAGUCCCGGUCUAUGUAUCGGGUGCGCUGAUCAUAGGCAGCGGUGUCCUUGCGCUGCUGCUGCCUUAUGAACCGAGGGGCAAGACGUCAAUCUAG